UUGUCGGGCCCCGCUCUGGCUUUUCGGCCGCGCCUGCGCUGUCGCUGUCCCUGUCCGUGUCCCGCCCUCCCGCCUUCGGUCGGUGGCCGCGGCAUGUGUCACGUGCGCAGCCCCCUCCCCGCGCCCGCCGCCCUGGCGCCGCCGCCGCCCCCCGGCUCCCGGCCCCGCGGGCCGCAGAUCUUCACCUUCGACCCCCUGCCCGAGAAAGCGCCGUCGCCUCCUCGCCUCCCGUCCCGGGGGCUCCGGAAGCGCAGCCGCAAGGUCCUCUACCCACGGGUGGUCAAGCGCCACGUCCCGGUCGAGAACCCAAACCCGGCCAAGCGGCUGCUCUUCAUCCUCCUCGCCGUCGUCUUCUGCCAGAUCCUCACGGCCGAGGAGGAGAUGCCGGUGUCCGCCGCCCUGGAGUCCCCUCCCCCGGCCUCCGCCCCCGCCGCGCCAUCCAGCCCGGAGCCUCUCAACCUCACCGUCGAUCCCCCGGACUACACCUUGGAUAUCAGCCAGUUUCUCCACCAACACCCCGCUGCUUUUUGAGGACGGACCCCCCCCCCCAAAAGAAAGGAAAAUGGAAAAAAAAACCCGGGAAAACCAAGGGGGGCUCAGCGGAGCGGCCACGGAGUCCGGCGAACUCAGAGCCGAGUGGAAACUCAACUCGGAACCGAAGGAAAAACUCCAAUUCCACGCAGUCAGGGGAGUUGAUGAUAAGUAGGGAGAGAGGCUGCGGAUCCCCCCACCCUUCCAUCCCAUCUCGCAAAAGGGUGGGAGGAGAGGGGGACUUUUUUUAUUUACUUCUCGUGAAGAAGUAUUGUCUUGAUCAUUAAUAUUUAUGUACAGUUAUUUAUGCCCCUGAGUGACAAGGGGGGCGCGGGAGUGGGUAUUUAGUAUUUAUUUAAUUUAUGAAGGCACGAUUAGGGUGUCUCCUUGCAUUGGAGAUUAUUAUUAUUAUUAUUAUCAUCAUCAUCACUAUUGUAUUUGGUAGGCGCUUACUGUUUUUCAGCACUGUACUAAGCGCUGGGCUAGAUCCGAUUUUAUUCAGAUCGGGUUCCCGGAUUAGGACGGGCGUUGUGUCCGACCUGAAUAGAAGGGAGCGGUCUGUUUUCGCAGAUACUGCCCGGGUCGGGGCGAGGCAGGAAAGGAGGGGCCUCGGAAAACGUUCGAGUUGGGGGGGGGGGGGGGAAGCAAAAUUGGGGAAGGGGUCGGGGAGUGUGGUGGGGAGAAGAGGGCGUGGUUUAGGGGCGACAGCUAGGGCCUGCCUCCUCUUGCCCCUAUUCCCGCGCCCCCAGACUCUCGCCGGCCCCCUCCUCCCACUACGUCGUUGGUAUGUAUGUUCUGUGAACACCACGUCCCCAAAUAAAGGAAGCGGCUUGUGCCCGCGACCCUCUGACAGUC